GCAGGAACUAUUCUAACACAGCAUGGUACCCGUGUGUUACCUUGUGUCACUAGUCCCAGCAAUCAAUUCAAGACUGCAGCAUCCAAUCCUGGCAAGGUCUACGUGAUGCGAACCCCAGCUUUCCAUGCAGAUGUAUGUACUGUGUACUCUCAGUUGCAGCACAGGGAUCAGUGAAUUGUUAUCCAGGAGGAAUCCUAUGCGGGGUCAGCAUCGGUUGUUGUUCCCCGUCCAAUAAUGCAGCCAGGGACCCCAACACAACUUAGGGGCUACUUCUCCUCAUGGUAUUGCAUGGCUAGUCCUGGAGCAGCCUGUUGCUGAAAGUGUAUAUAGUGUUAGUCCUCUCUGGAACCCCGGACCCGUGCCUCCCAAGUUCUCAUCCGAAGGGUAUCGGGAUUGACUACGAAAGAGGCGGCUCGGGAGAACACCUGCGUCCUCAAGGAAUUCACUACCUAGGUACUCCAUACGAUAUAAAAAGGUAACACUGAGACGAGACAUGGCCGACUUUCCCCGCCUGCCACCCUCGGGCAUCAAGGUCAUCAUCGUCGGCGCAGGCUUCGCCGGCUUGACGGCGGCCAUCGAGUGCGACCGCAAGGGCCACUCCGUCACGCUCUUUGACAGAGCUCCCGAACUCCAACCGCUCGGAGAUAUUAUUAGCUUCGGUCAGAACUCGUCUCGCAUCUUCGACAAGUGGCCCGGCGUGCGCGAGGCCAUCAACCCGCUUGUGCACAAAUCCGAGGUCUUCCACUUCCACGAUUGGCGCGGCAGGUUCGUCACCACCCAGUCCUUUGUCGACGAGCAUCGCACCUGGGGACCACGCGUCAACGGCCACCGGGGCGAGAUCCACCAGGCCGUGCUGCGGCACGCCAAAGAAAGGGGUAUCGACAUCCGCCUGGGCCAUCAUAUCGUCCGCUACUUCGAGGACGACGCAUGCGCGGGGGUCGAAACCGACAAAGGCGAGAGGUUCACCGCGGACCUAGUCCUCGCCGCCGAGGGGGUCCGCUCGCCAGGCAGGAAGCUAGUGCUCGGAUUCGAGGACAAGCCGCAACCCUCCGGUUACGCCGUGUUUCGCACAUGGUUCCCCUCGGAUGAACUCCUCAAGAACGAGAAGACGAGACAUCUAGUAGCCAACGGCGACUCGCACAACGGGUGGAUCGGCGAGGAUGUACACUUCCUGGCGGCCGCCAUCAAGGACGGCAAGGAGAUGAGCUGGGUGUGCACUCACAAGGACACGGGCAGCAUCGAGGAGAGCUGGCAGUUUCCCGGGAAAAUCGAGGACGUAUUACGCGUCGUGGACGGAUGGGACCCGGUCGUUCGGGAGCUGGUCAAGCUGACGCCGCCGGACCGGCUGUUUGAUUAUAAGCUUGUGUUUCGGGAUCCGCUGCCGACGUUUAUCUCGCCCAAGGCGCGGACGGCGCUGAUCGGGGAUGCGGCGCAUCCGUUCCUGCCGACCUCAAUCCAGGGGGCUAGUCAGGCGAUGGAGGACGGGGUAGUGCUUGCCGCGUGUUUGCACAAAGCCGGCAAGGGGAAGGUGCAGGAGGCGCUCAAGGUGUGGGAGCGGAUCCGGUAUGAGCGUGUGCACAAGAUUCAGCGGACGGGAGUCACCACGCGCGAACAAUGGCACAAGGCCGACUGGGAAGCUAUCUGGAAGGAUCCCGAAUCACUGCACCUCAAAAGAGAGGCAUGGAUUCUGGACUUUGAUGCUGAGGCUGAUGCUUAUGCGUCGUAUGAUUCUGUGAGGGAGCAAUUGGAGAACGGGCGACUGAACUGAUACCUGGGUCUAGCGCCUUCCUAGUUUGUAUAGUAGUACCUAGUGCAAUAUGCCUCGAUGACUGACUCGGAAGGAGCAGCCAUGGGACGUCGGAAGGAGAGCUUCGAUUUCUUAGAUCUGUCGGGGUUACCCUCCGUACUUGGAAGCUGCAGGCAACCCCAAUUUCCGCCGAUUCAUCCUUACCUUAUCCUUGCUUCUUUCAUCAUACCUUAGCGAGAAGACUACCAAGACUAUCCACAGAUUGCCUGCUCGGAGGUUGCUCCCCACCAACCUUCGUACAAUUCCUCGG